AUGGGAAGCCUGAUCCUCAAGCUCGGCGAAAUCCUCAAGGAGGAGUACAAACUACAGACUAGAGUCAAGGAAGACGUCAAAGAUCUCAAUAGAGAGCUGGAGAGCAUGCAAGUUGCCCUCCGCAAGGUUGGGGACGUGCCACGGGACCAGCUCGAUGAGCAAGUCAAGCUCUGGGCAAACGAGGUCAGAGACCUUUCAUACAAAAUAGAAGAUAUCAUCGAUAAGUACCUGGUGCAGCUCAUGGGCACCAAACCUGCCGUCAAGCCGCGCAAGCUCAAACGGCUCAGGAAGAAGAUGAGUGACUUGUUCACUGAGCUCAUGGCACGCCAUGCCAUCGGCGCCGAUAUUAAAGAGAUCAAAGCCCGUGUCGAGAAGGUGGCUGCCCGGCGUGACCAGUACAAGGUCAAUGAUGUGGUUCCUAAUCUAGCUGGCCCACUCAUGGUUGACCCUCGCCUAUCGGCUCUGUACAAGGACCGGAAAGAGCUUGUUGGCGUUGAUGAUUCAUUGAAUGAGCUAACAAAGAAGUUGAGUAACGAGGACGGUGAUGUGUCCAAGCAACUCCAGAUACUCUCUGUUUUUGGAUUCGGAGGCCUUGGCAAGACAACUCUUGCCAAAGCAUUGUACGAUAAGUGCCAAGCACAGUUUGAUUGCAGUGCUUUUGUUCCAGUAGGACGGAACCCUAGCGUGAAGAAACUUCUCAAUGACAUACUCUUCGAACUUGUUGGGCAAAAGAACUUGGAAUUGGAUGAAAGAGAGCUAAUCAACAAACUCCGAGGAUUAAUCGAGAACAAAAGGUACUUAAUCAUUAUUGAUGACAUAUGGGAUAUAGAAACAUGGAAAAUAGUCAAGCUCGCUUUGGUGCAUAAUAAUUGUGGAAGCAAAAUAAUUACAACUACUCGUAUACUCGAAGUUGCCACAACGACCGGUGAAGUAUAUAGGUUACAACCACUUUCUCCUGAUUUAUCCGAGGAUUUAUUUCAUAGAAGAUUAUCUGGUGGUGAAAUAAAACGGCUUGAUCAUCUGCGAGCAGAGGUAGAUAAAAUUCUACAUAAAUGUGGUGGUGUACCAUUAGCUAUAAUCACAAUAGCUAGUUUGCUUGUCGGCAAACCUGUGGAGUUUUGGUCUAAGGUGUACACUUCAAUUGGUUUUGGGCAUGAAGAAAACGAAGAUGUGGAGAACACGAGAAAAAUACUUUUAUUUAGCUAUUAUGAUCUACCUUGUCACCUAAAGACUUGCUUAUUGUAUCUGAGCAUAUAUCCUGAAGAUCAUCUGAUUGAAAAAGAUAGAUUGAUAUGGAAGUGGGUCGCCGAAGGUUUUAUCCAUGUGGAACCAGGGGUAGGACUAUUCGAGAUUGGUGAGAGGUACUUCAACGAGUUGGUAAACAAAAGCAUGAUAAUGCCGGUAGAGCAGCCCCAGUAUCUUAGCAUAAAAAUGGGUGUUGGCAUCGUAACUUGGUGUCGUGUCCAUGACAUGAUACUUGAUAUGAUAUGUCUUUUGUCGAAGGAAGAAAACUUUAUUACUGUGUUGGACAGUGAUGAGCAAUAUACAACUUCACAUUGCAACGCUCGUAGGCUAGCUGUUCAACAUGUAGUCCAACCUCUGGCUAGCACGUCAACAUUACAAACAAGGUCACUUAAUGCCAUUUGCGAUGCUGAGAUGUUGCCGUCACUUUCAUGCUUUGAAGUUUUGCGUGUCCUAGCUUUGGAAGACCCCCUUGGUUCGCACAAUCCUAAUUAUCUUGAGCAUGUUGGAAAGUUAGUUCACUUGAGGCACCUCAAAUUAGAGAGCAUGGGUAUCCGUGAGCUCCCAAAGGAAAUAGGACAUCUGAAGUUCUUGCUGGUAUUGGACUUGGGUAGAAAUAGCAUAAGUGAACUUCCAGAGAGUAUUGGUGGACUAAGUCAACUAAAGUGCUUGAACAUGUGUGAAACAGAGAUUGAAGUGCCAUGCUGGAUCGGGAAUUUGACAUCUCUGGAAGAGCUAUGCCUAGGACAAGUUGGUGUGCGCUCCAACUUUGUGACAGAACUGGGCAAGUUGACAGCGUUGAGGAAGCUCCGCAUUUCUGGAAGUGUAUAUUUAUAUGGUGAUGAUAGUAGAAUGAAUAGUUGGGCAGAGUCUGUAGCCAAACUCAGCAAGAUCCAAGUCAUAGACAUUCACUCAGUUUACGGGCGGAGAGAUCCUAGUGAUGAAGAGAAACCCUGGGAACAGUAUGUCCUCUCUCCACAACUCCGUGUUCUACACAUGUGCUACGAUGAACCUAGGCUGAUGGCAAGGAUCAAUCCCAGGCUUCUUCCGAACCUAUCCCAAUUAAAAUUGUUUAUAUACAACCCAGAUCUGGAGGUCUUUGGAAGUUUCCACGAGCUUGUUUCUCUUGAGCUGAACACGUGGUCAGCUCUCCACCAUGACACCAUGGGCGGUGCAGGUGCAUUCCCCAAGCUGAGGGUUUUCAACAACACCAGCAACCCUUGGCUCGUUUCAAGAGGAGGAUAUGCCGGUCCUUGA